AUGAGGCAUCAAAUUUGUGUUUUGACAUCUUUGAUAGUGUGUUUUAUUGUUCAAUAUGGGAAUUGUGAAAGAGAUGAUGUUGGUGGUGGUUUCGUUCAAACAAAAGGCAUCCAUUUUAUUCUAAAUGGGAACCCACUUUAUGUAAACGGAUUCAAUGCCUAUUGGUUAAUGACCAUGGCAUCUGACCCAUCUACUAGGUCUAAUGUUACUUCAGCUUUUGAACAAGCUUCUAGACAUGGUUUAAAUUUAGGAAGAACAAUGGCUUUCAACGAUGGAGAUAUUAAACCACUUCAAAUCUCUCCCGGUUCUUAUGACGAGGAUGUCUUUAGGGGCUUGGAUUUUGUGAUAUCAGAGGCAGGAAAAUUUGGAGUGAAACUUAUCCUAAGCUUUGUGAAUAAUUGGAAAGAUCUUGGAGGAAAAAUUAAAUAUGUCCAAUGGGCAAGAGAACGUGGUGAAAAUAUCACAAACGAAGAUGAUUUUUUUACAAACCCUGUAGUUAAGCAAUACUACAAAAAUCAUGUUAAGGCUAUUCUAACCAGAAAUAACACCAUAAAUGGGCUUUUAUAUAUGGAUGACCCAACUGUUUUCUCAUGGGAGCUUAUGAAUGAACCUCGUUUUCCAAAUGAUUCUGGAAAUUCAAUUCAGAAUUGGGUUACUGAGAUGGCGGCGUAUGUGAAAUCCAUUGAUAGCAAUCAUUUGUUGCAUAUUGGAAAUGAAGGUUUCUAUGGUGAAACAGUGCCAGAAAGGAAGCAGCUCAAUCCCAUUUCUAUUAAUUUUGGGACUGAUUUUAUUCAAAACAACCAAAUUCCUCAAAUCGAUUUUGCCACCUUUCAUUUAUAUGAUGAUAGAUGGUUAGAAAACACAACAGAAAGAGCAAAAAGUGUAUAUGUUGACAAAUGGAUAGAAGGUCAUCUUAAGGAUGCGGAAACUCUUAUAGGAAAGCCAAUUAUUUUGGCAGAGUUUGGGAAGUCUUCAAGAGAAUCACCUGGAUAUAGCGUAGCUAAAAGGGAUAGCUACUUUCAAAAAAUAUACAAUGCUACAUAUACAAGUGCUAUUAGUGGAGGCUCUUGUGCAGGUGCAAUGUUCUGGCAACUUCUGUCUCAAGGAAUGGAUAGUUAUGGAGAUGGUUAUCAAGUUAUUUUGGAGAAUAGUCCUUCAACUGCACAGAUCAUCAAACAACAAUCUACCAAGAUGUCAAAUAUCAAAUUCUAG